AUGUCGAAUGCCGAGACCCAAGAGCAGGGUUAUUUGGGCCAAUCUGGUUUCAUGCCCAUCUUCAGUCAACGUGCCCAAUCCAAUCCCAGUCUGGCGCACUCGUCGUUGCACGGGCUUGACGUAUCAGCACUGACGGUUCCCCGCGUCCUCCAGCAAAGCUACACGGAAACGUAUCUGGAGUUUUGCUUUCCAUGGUGCCCUGUCCUGGAGCAAAAGGAUCUGCUGGCUCAUGGCCCAUUUGCGGACUCGGUCCUUUUGCAACAAGCUUUGGCGCUUUUGGGCAGUAUUAUCAAUCCUCCGAGGUUGCAGCAUGCCUCUUCGCAAACAUACUACGAGCGCAUGAAGAUGCUCUUCUACCGCAACCACGAACGGAACUCCCUUGUCCGCAUCAUCGCCAUCACACUGGUUUACUGGUGGAGUGCUGGUCCUCCGAACCUGGUCAGCAUGGACAGCCAGUAUUGGUGGAACUCGGUCGCCGUCCGGAUGGCUCAAGAGAUUGGUUUGCACCGAGAAGUGGCCCCUGAUCAUGUGUUCAGACCCGGUGAGACGGCUAGCCUGAGGCGGCGCGUCUGGUGGACCCUAUUUGCUCGCGAGCGCCUGACGGCAAUCUGUCAAGGACGUCCCUGUAUCAUCCACCCGGACGAUUGCAACGUCAGAUCGCCUACCAUCGAGGACUUCCCCAAAGACAAGGCCUCUCAAGCCGAAGUGUUCGUCAACUGGGUCAAGAUAUGCGCUAUUGUUGGCGAUGUUUCCAAACAUUUGGUUAAUCGCACUGAAUCUACGCCGUUCCCGUUUGACCUUGCGCAACGACUGAUCGGAUGGGUACGUGCGUUGCCAGACCAUCUCCAGCUACCCUUCAGUACAGGGCAGAGUUCGUACUUCGACCGACAUCUGUAUCAACUCCACCUUCCUUAUCUAGCGGCCAUCACUCUGCUCUACAUGAGUCCAUCCGCUCACCCCCUGCCUAAGGCCUAUACGGCAGCCAUACUGUCCGCUUCCCUAGUGGGCCGAAUCUUUGAAGACUAUCUGGCAAGAGGACAUAUUCGUUUCCUCCCGGGAAUAUCCGGGUGGUACAUCAGCAUCGCCAUCCUUGCGCUCCUGCAUGCUCGGCAAGUCAACGGCCUAAGAUCUGAAGCAAGUGAGCAAAUCGACAUCCUGUAUGUCGCCCUGAAAGAGAUCUCAAAGCUCUGGCAUUCGUCAAAAAUGUUCCUGGUUGGCUUCGAGAGACUUCUGACCGGGUCACAUCUACCGCCUGGUCGGACGUCGAUCAAUGCACCAGCUCCGUCGAACGGAACCGUGUCGGCGCUGGAUGACUUGGCGGGAGAGCCUGGGAUCAAUUACCUGGACUUCUUCCCUACCGCGACCACGGAGACGAGUCAACUGUUUAAGGUGUUGCUGACGGAGAAUCCUCCCAACAUAUUCAUGGGUGCUGAGUGGGCGAACGACUUGAGCAUGCAACUGCACGACUUAUUCGACCAACCAUUCGAGGAUGUCAAUUUUGACUCGUUGAUGUUAUGA